CCAAACCACACAUAACCGAGCCCCUCUCCCUCUCUCUCCCCCUCCUAAAGCAAUCGCUCCGGCAAAGAUGAGGUCGCUCUGGGCGGUCGCCCUCUUAGUUUCCUGCCUCGCUAUCCUUGGUGCCAGCGUGCAACGAGGCAGCGACGUGAGCUCCGUCAUCAGCAGAGCCCAGUUCGACCAGCUCCUCAAGCACCGGAACGACCAGGCCUGCCCCGCCAAGGGCUUCUACACUUACGAUGCGUUCGUUGCCGCCGCAAGGUCCUUCCCAGGGUUCGGUACCACCGGCACCCGGGACACCAGGUACCGGGAAGUCACGGCUUUCUUGGCUCAGACCUCCCACGAAACCACAGGAGGAUCGAAGGGCGCACCGGAUGGACCCUACGCGAGGGGAUACUGCUUCGUGGAAGAGCGGGACAGGUCGAAAGACUAUUGCGAUCCCAAAUCUGGAUGGCCGUGCGCUCCCGGCAGGAAAUACUAAGGUCAAGGUCCGAUUCAGAUCACGCAGAUUCUUCAGGCACCGCGACAGAGGGCAGCUCAGGGAGCGGCUGCGAGGCCAAGCUGGAGCAGAAAGAGUGAGAGCACGGCGAGAGCAAGCAGGAGAAGGAGGGAGGCGGAGUCAGGGUGCGGAUGAAGCAGAACGCUGUCGGACGCCAUCGAGGGGAAGGAGUGGCACAGAGCGAGGAGGUUGCAGAAGCCAGAAGCUGAAGCUGAAGCUGCCGCAACCACAUCUCCGUCGCUCUCGGGAGAAGUGCCGUUGAUGAGGAGGGGGAGCUAUGCUUACAUCAAAGUUAGAGAAAUUGACGACAAUCCGAAUUAUGCAAUUACAGGACAAAUAACACAGAAAUACACAAUUAGUUCAAUUCUAGUUACUCUCGCAAGUAACUCUUCCGAUGUUUUGUUCUUAUGAAGCUGUGCUCGUUCUGUGGACCAACAUUCGAUCUCUCUCUCAGCAGACUUCUGCACCUUCCCUGUGGAAUUUUUCAGCAAGUCCCUGAAAAACACCGCUUUCAGAACCA